AUGUCUAGCCCUUCGAGGCAGAUAAAAUGUGUUGUUGUGGGAGACGGCACUGUUGGUAAGACUUGUAUGUUAAUUUCAUAUACUACCGACUCAUUUCCUGUUCAGUAUGUGCCUACAGUGUUUGACAACUACUCUGCUCAAAUGACAUUAGAUAACCACACUGUCAAUCUCGGUUUAUGGGAUACUGCGGGACAGGAAGAUUAUGAUCGACUCAGGCCGCUGAGUUAUCCCCAAACAGAUGUGUUCGUUCUCUGCUUCAGUAUUGUUUCUCCUGUCUCCUUUGAUAAUGUGGCGACCAAAUGGAUCCCAGAAAUACGCCAACACUGCCCAGAUGCGCCCAUUCUGCUUGUUGGUACAAAGCUGGAUUUGCGAGACGAGGCGAAUCCACGCUCCACUGGUACUGAGGACAGACCGCCCAUCACAAAAAGCCAAGGACAGAAGUGUGCGCAGAAAAUAAAAGCUGUGAAGUACUUAGAAUGUUCCGCUCUCACACAACAAGGCCUCAAACAAGUGUUCGAGGACGCUGUCCGUGCCGUUAUCAAUCCAAAACCGCUCAAGCAGAAGAAAUCAUGCACAUUGCUUUGA